AAAAUAGAGAAUUUGAAAGUAAUUUGAAGGGGUGGAGUUAGAAGGCGACAGGAGUGCGAGGAGGAUUUUGCUGUAAAUGACCUAAAAACUACGCUAAUUUUUGUAAAGGCAGAGAAAGAGGAAAGCCUGAUUGGAGUGUUGCCUCAGAUUGUUGGGAAAACAAUGGCGGAGAUGGCUGAUUCGCGUAGCAACAGAGCUGCUGUUCAAGCCACCAACGACGACGCUUCCGCCAGCAAAUUGUCCUGCGUUAAAAAAGGGUACAUGAAGGAUGACUAUAUCCAUUUAUUUGUAAGGAGACCCGUGAGGAGAUCUCCCAUAAUUAAUCGUGGCUACUUUGCGCGUUGGGCUGCUCUUCGACAGCUUCUUUUUCAAUUUCUGGACACUGAGAGUAAUGGGGAUGAAAAGGUUCAAACAAAGAAGCAGAUAUUAUCACUUGGAGCUGGUUUUGAUACUACGUUUUUUCAAUUGCAGGAUGAAGGGAAAGCCCCACAUUUAUAUGUGGAAGUGGAUUUUAAGGAGGUUACUAGUAAGAAAGCUGCACUUAUAGAGAGUUGCAGUCAGUUGAGGAACAAAAUUAAUCCAUCUGCAUCCAUUUCACAAGAUAAAGGGGAAGUACUUAGUGAUAACUAUAAACUACUCCCAGUGGAUUUGCGUGACGUAAACAAGUUAGAUGACAUCAUAGUAUUGGCUGAUAUGGAUCCCAGCUUGCCGACUUUUAUAAUAGCAGAAUGCGUUUUGAUAUACUUGGAUCCAGAUUCAAGUAGCGCUGUAGUUGGUUGGGCAUCAAAAACAUUUUCUACAGCAAUAUUUUUCUUGUAUGAACAGAUUCAUCCGGACGAUGCUUUUGGGCAACAGAUGAUUAAGAAUUUGGAGAGCCGGGGCUGCGGACUCCUGGGUUUAUAUGCCACACCAACGUUACAAGCAAAGGAAAAACUUUUUCUUGACAAUGGAUGGCAGAGGGCUGUUGCUUGGGACAUGCUAAAAGUUUAUAGUACUUUUAUCGAAGCUCAAGAAAGACGUAGGAUUGAACGGCUAGAACUGUUUGAUGAAUUUGAAGAAUGGCACAUGAUGCAGGAGCACUACUGCGUGGCUUAUGCAAUCAACGAUGCCAUGGGUCUAUUUGGGGAUUUCGGCUUUCAGAGAACUCACAGCACGUGCUAGACCCAUCAUCAGUCUCGCCAUGAAAGCACGAGCUUAAGUACUCCUUGCCAAUGCCAAGUUAGGCUAGAACAAUUGGUGAAUCAGACGAAAAGCUUGGGCAUGUGACACGUGCGACCCUACCCCGUCAGCCUUGUAUGGUGGGGGGUUUUCGGGAUUGUGACGUACACAACUAUUACUAGUUAUUGUUUUACCUUAGUCUUCAGAAGAAUGAUGACAUGAGUUGAAUGUUUUCGUGUGUUGUUUUGCUGAAGGAAGUUGGUCAUUUUGGUGGUUGAGAAAUUAAUGGAAUGAACAGGAUUCUUCUUUAUUAUUGGUAUUAUUUUGUUUGGUUACAAUAUUUUGAUUAUUAUUUCAAUAGAAAUUUUACUAUAUGAUUCUUGCAAAAAAUAAUAGAAAGUUUAUCUUAUGCAUGAUAAAUUUUUGGAAACUUUUAUAGUACUCUCCUUUUGAUUUGGACAAUUUAAUUUUUUAUACAUUCAAAAAAAUUUAACGCUUCGAAAAUGGAAUUUUAAACAGUCUGUUGUAUGUUUGCCUUCUUUAUUAUGUACACCUGAAAUAAACUAUUUUAACCUUUAUUUUCUUAUCAAGCAAAGGAGCUUUUUAUUAUCACAGAACAACUACAAAUACAACCAAAAAAACAAAAACCAACCAAGCUUUACAACAAACCAGCUCUAGCCAUUAACUUCUUAAUAAACUAUACAUUUUAAGCAAAAAAUGUUGAUUAUUAGUAUUCAACUUCCCUCUAGCAACAUUAAGCAAUCUAUAAGACAUCUUCUUUUGAACCUUAGCAACCAUCAACUAAGCUGAUCUAGGACAACCUUCAAACACAUGGAUUUCGAUUUUUCCAUAUCUCAUACACUAUUGCAACCAUCAAACAAUUUAUAACUACAGCAACCAAGCCUUUCCUAGUGUUGCAGAUCCAGACGUUCUAGCUUUCAAACACUUGAGGCUAAGAGAAAGACCCCAACCAACUGAACAACAUCUGAAUCACUUGAUCAGACAAAGUACAUUCAAAGAAUAAAUUAGCAUGACUUUCUUUUGCUAAAUUACAAACAAGACAAUUUAAAGUUUCAACAGAGAUGCAGAACUUGACCAGCUAGUCACUAGUAAAGAGAUGAGAGUUCAAAACUUGCCAAAAAAUAAAUCUAUGUUUAAGAACACUUAGCCGACACCAAACAUUUCUCUAAUAACUAAUAAGAGGCUGUUGAAUAAGACUGUUAUAGGGUUUUGCAGCUCUAAAUUUACCAAAACUUCCUGCAACAAUUAUAUUGCCUAUGCAACAAGUUUGCCUCAAAUGACAAUUUUCUCCAAUACCAGCUCGAAUCCUGCUUCAAAUUAUAAUUCUAGAAAUUGGCUCCUUUGAGAUAUAUUGAACUAACACAUUUAACCCAUAACAAGACAUGCUUCUCCAUUAUAGCCCAAAUAUAGUUAGCAAAAACUUCUUUGUUCCACAGAGGGCUCUCUCGAAACCCCAGACCUCCAAACAUCUUAGGAAGACAAACUUUCCCCCAAAGAGUCAAGUGUACCUUACUCUUGUUCCCAUUACAACCCUAAAGAAAUCCUCUGCAAAGUUUCUCAACUUCUUUAAUAACACUCUGUGGAAGCAGAAAAAUGCUUAUCCAAUAGUUCCCUAAGCCUAAAAGAACUAAAUGGAUCAAUUGGACUCCCCCAGCAAACGAUAAAUGCCUAAAAGCCCAGGUGUGAAUUUUUAGUUUUAUUUUCCUCAAGAUAACAUCACAAUCUUCCAACUUCCACUUGGUAGGUCUUAGCGAGACUCCCAAAUACUUGAAAGGAAAUCUAGCUUCCUUAAAUUGCAUCUCAAGCAAUAUAGAUUCUCUUGUAGAAUUCGAGAUCCUAACUAGAAAUAUUUGGGAUUCAGAUUUGUUAGCUUGCAGCCUUGAAGCAUUAGUGAAAUCAUCCAAAUUAUUUUUUAAGUGCCUCACAUAUUGAACUGUUCCCUUGCAAAAUAACAUAAGAUCAUCAGCAAAGCAUAAGCUUGUAAGUUGUAAGUUUUUGCACAUAGGAUGAAAUCUAAAUGUUCCCUCUUGAGAUUCUACUUCAGUCUUCUAGUUAAAUAUUCCAUUAUCAGAAUAAAUAGAAGAGGGGAGAUCAGAUCUCCUUGUCUUAAUCCCUUGGCCCGUUGAAAUUUACCUUGCAAUCUUCCAUUCAUCAUAAUUGAAUAAGAAGAGCCUUUCAAGCAAGUCAUUAUCCAAUUAACAAAUCGGCUAGGAAAGUAGUAGGCUUUAAGAAGAUCUUCAAGGAAUCCCUAGUCCAUUGUGUCAUAAUAUUUGCUAAGAUCUAUCUUUAUAUCACAUCUAGCUAAGUUUUUUCCUACCAUAAUCGUUAAUACGAUCUUGGAAGAUGAGGAUAUUAUGGGCUAUAUACCUAUUUUUAACCUACUUUUUAU